AUGGAGAAAGUUCAUCUUAAGUUCUGUAAAAUUUACCUCGCUAUCAGUAGGAAAGCAAGUAACAUUGCCUCCAGAGCUGAGCUUGGAAAACUCCCUCUCAUCAUUAGCGUAUUCAAAAGGGUCUUCAAAUACAUCACUCACUUAAACUCGCUUCCCCAAACAACCAUUGCGAAGCAAGCUUUUCUAAUCUCGAAAGAUCUACACUCCAAGCAGAAAAUAUCUUUUUACGGAGAUGCAAUGGAUACUAUCAAAAAUUUAAAUCUAAAUGAAGAAAUCCUUAAUUUAGAAGCC